AUGCAGCAAGUCGACGAAUACGAAGAAGACUACGACUACGUCUUCCUCUCGGACUUUGAGAACGACGCCUCGUGCGCGCCAGAAGUCCGGGACGGCAGUGGUGCCAAAGGCAAGAAUCGAGUCUCUAUCGGGAGCAGUCAUACCAUCCACAACCCGCAAGGACAAGCACAGGGGUCAGAAACGUCCUUCCAGCAUAGGCAACGGACACCAGAGUCCCAGCGCAGCGAGUCCGAAAUCGACGAGGACGACGAUUUUGACAACAACAAUGACGACAGUUUAACUGUCAAAAGUCUAGGUCUCCGCAGUGAGGAACAGGGUGGGAGCCAUAACGAAUUGGACGGCUCUGACGGCGAGGAGAUCGAAUAUGGGUACGAGACGGAUCUGUUGGUGAUCAUGCCAGCGAUGUUGCGGAAUUAUAGUCACCAUGCGACCAAUUAUCAUCCGGAACUGUGGCGUCCUGCUCCCGGGUCUGGUUCUGGGCGUAACUCUACCCAGACUUCUUCAGUACGCUGCCGACAAGAAGACCGCAUGCUGGAUCGGGAAGAAUUGCUAAAGAACACGAUACCAUCGACAACAUGCGGAAUUUGCUUCGAGUCUUUCAUGACUUUUGACCUGGACCCAUUACAACAACAGCAGCAAGAGCACCAGGAAGAGUCAACGGUAACUUCGUCACGGGUCCAGUUCGCACGCACAUUCACCGAACGACUAGCACGGUCGUUUUCUCUCCAGAGUGUCGAAUACUCUCAACAGCCGCGACAACAGAUAUCCAGUAGCCUUAAUGCUGCCUCAACUUCCACUUCAGCCCCCUCACGGCGGAUCUCAACGGUAGCACCUUCAAUCACACCCUCAAUGUCCUCAAAAGAACUAGGACUCAUCCUCCCCUGCGACCACGGCCUCUGCCUCUCCUGUCUCCAAUCCUUCCUCCUCAACGCUACCCAAAGCCCCCAAGCUCGCUUCCCCACUGUCUGCCCACAACCGGGUUGUCGGACCCCUAUCCCUACCGAAUCUGCAGAAUGGGUAUUGGACAAGGAGACGUUAGAGAUUUGGUACCGCAAACUGGCCGAGAUACAUGUUGCGAACAAGGUCUGUUGUCCGUUACCAGAGUGUCGGUCGAUUGUGGAUCUGGAUGAUCGCGAUGGGACUGCGUCCAAGACCGACAUUGGCGACAUUGCCCCUCCUGCAGAUUCGUGA